AGUAGAGAAGAAUAACUUAAUCCAUCAGGUUACUUAUUCUCUUUUAUACACACAAAAGAAAAAAUAUAACUAUAUGAAAUCCUAAAUCAAACAAGUCCACAAUCCCUCCCUUAUAAUUACGGAUCCUAAAUGAGCUCAGAACAAUAUCACCACAAGAUCUAUUUGUACCAUUUGUCUAUCACAUUUGAAGCAUACAUAAUAUAACAAUUCUGUUCUUUCUUUCAAAUGACCUUCAUCAAUAGGAUUAGAAUGAUGAUUCCACAGAUGCUAUCAAGGCUAUGGUCAUACUUUGUGUUUCUGACCAGCAAGAAGGCAAGGCUCACAGGGCAGUCCCCUGAUGGCAGGGAAGCAGCCCUGCUUAACUAUGUUCUUAGCAAGGCAGAGGAAGGAAAUGCAGAGGCUGUCUUGGCUGCCAUUGAUGAUUACACUCAGAGUGUUUGGAUGAUGAACAUUGGCAAGCACAAGGGCUCUAUUCUGGAAUCUGCAGUGCAGAGAUGUGAACCCAAAUUGGCUUUAGAGCUUGGAACUUAUUGUGGGUAUUCAGCCAUUAGAAUUGCUUCCAAGAUGUCAAAGCCUGACAGCAAGCUGAUCUCUUUAGAGAUAAACCCAAAUAAUUGCAAUGUUGCCAAAGCCAUUAUAAAUCAUGCAGGACUUGCAUCAAAGGUGGAUGUCAUGGAAGGGACACUAAGUGACAGAUUGGAGGACUUGUGUGAUAUCCUAGAUGAUGAAGGGGUUCCACACUUUGAUUUUUUAUUAAUGGAUCACUCCAAGCAGUGUUACUUGUCAGAUUUCCUGUUGCUUAAGGAGAGGGGAAUGAUUGGGAAAGGAAGUAUCAUUGUGUCCAACAAUGUGGGUUCAGAUUUCUCCAACUAUCUGAGAACUAGCAGUGAUGAAUUGGAGAGUGAAGAGCACAGGUGUGGUUCAGAGUACAUGAGUCUGCUUCCAUCUAUUAUCACUGUUUCAACUUUCAAGGCAGAUCUCCCCAUGUUCGUUAGGACAUAAGGUUUAUGUGUUAAAAAUGUUUUCAGUAGAAAGUAUGUUCUUGAAAUAGAGCUAAAAGUAGGUGUUUUUCUUUCUGCUAUUUCUAUAUGGGAAUAAAUGUUUUCUUCCUGUAAUUUCUAACAUGAUGUUUCUCAUGUUCAAACAUUGAGGUGGGAUUGUUAGCUUAUGCAAUCCUUUCUAACUGGUCACAGAGUUCAUA